CUUGAAAUUGUUAGCUCUUUGCACUGGAUAAACGCACGCUAUCAGUGCAUAUCACUAGUCAGUACGGCAUUAUCUUUUCUGUAGAGAACGUCGCGAAGAUCAGUUCUCUGUAUUCGCGCUUUUAUCGAAUGGAGAUGAUUGCUAACAAGUGUCAUCGUGUGCUGAAUGUGAAGACUUCGCUUCGACAGCUGUUAAGCGGCGUUGCAAUAACGUGGAAAAGAUGCCUAACUAGUUCAGUGAAGGAACCAGAAGGACCGGUGAUUUUGACGAAAAUACCGGGUCCACGAUCGCAGAGCCUGUUACAAGAAUUGAAUGCGAUACAACAAGCGACUUCCGUACAAUUCUUCGCAGACUACGAAAAAUCCUUUGGUAAUUACAUAAUAGAUGUCGAUGGAAACGCGAUGCUGGAUGUUUAUAUGCAAAUCUCGACAAUGCCCUUAGGAUACAAUCAUCCGGCAAUGUUGGAGGCUCUUGCCGAUCCCGUUAAUCAAAAAAUUAUAGCAAAUAGACCUGCAUUAGGAUCCUUUCCGGGAAAAGAUUGGCCAAACAGAUUAAAAAAUAUUUUACUUAAAAAAGAGGUAGCUCCACCCGGAUUGUCACACAUUACAACAAUGAUGUGCGGUUCUUGUUCUAAUGAAAAUGCUUUUAAAAAUAUCUUUAUUUGGUACGCUGAGAAACAAAGACAAGGAAAACCAUUCACGAAGGAAGAGAUGGAAACGUGCAUGAUGAAUCAAAUGCCUGGUUCGCCGCGAUAUUCCAUCAUGUCCUUUAAAGGUAGUUUUCAUGGAAGAACCUUAGCUUGUCUGUCAACGACUCACAGCAAAUACAUUCACAAAAUAGAUGUGCCAGCUCUCGACUGGCCUAUCGCCUCCUUUCCAGAAUACAAAUAUCCUUUGGAUGAGAACAUGCGAGAAAAUCAGAGGGAAGAUAAACGUUGCCUCGCAGAGGUUGAAGAAUUAUUUGAAAAAUAUAAUAAUGAAAAGAAGGUUCCAGUGGCUGGCGUCAUAAUCGAACCGAUUCAAUCGGAAGGCGGCGACAAUCAUGCAUCGCCGGAAUUCUUUCAGGAACUUCAACGCAUAACGCGAAAACACGGAGCAGCAUUGCUUAUGGACGAAGUCCAGACAGGUGCCGGGCCAACGGGAAAAAUGUGGUGUCACGAGUACUUCAAUUUAGAUACUCCACCAGACGUGAUGACUUUCAGCAAGAAAAUGCAAUUAGGCGGUUAUUACCACUCGGACGACUUGAAGCCGAAAUUACCAUAUCGCGUAUAUAAUACUUGGAUGGGCGAUCCGAGUAAAGUGAUACUGCUCGAAGCGAUCGUGGAAAUCAUCAAGAAGGAGAAUCUUUUGGAUAGAGUUACGCGCGUUGGUGACUAUAUUCUAAAGCAUUUAACAAAUAUACAAAAGGACCAUUCCAGUGUCAUCAGUGCAGUGCGUGGUCGUGGAACUUUCAUAGCGUUUAAUUGCGCCUCUCCUGAAAUGCGAGACACCAUCAUCAAGAAACUUGCAACCAAAGGUAUCAUGGCAGGUGGAUGUGGUAGCCAAUCCAUACGAUUGAGGCCUGCAUUAACUUUUACAGAGCGUCAUGCUGAUAUAUUUUUGGAUGCGCUUCGAUCUGUACUAAAAUAAUAAGGCCAUGUUUGCUAAUGCGGGAUCUCGUAAAUCUGCACGGAUAACAAAGCAAUUAAACAGCUCGAGUGCUAGAGCUGACUGUUUGUCGAAUUGCUCGGUAGACCCAAGAUACUUGAGAUGGCUUAAGAUUUCCUCAACAAUCUUGGAACAUAUUUUAUUUACCUCACCAAUAAAUUUCUGAUCAG